AUGGCCCAAGCUGCUUAUCAACCUGUUCCAUUUAGUCCAACUAUGAAGCAUAGCGACAGAGAGAGAUUCAUUUGCAUUUAUCCAGCUUAUAUUGAUGCCAAGAAGACAGUAAAGGAAGGACGCAAAAUCCCUAAAUCGUUGUGCAUUGAAAAUCCAUCUUACCAAGAGAUUAAAGAUGUUUUGUCUGUUACAAACUUGAAUUGUGUAAUUGAGAACAAAAUUUAUCCAAGAGAACGAAGCAAAGAAUUACUUCAUCGUGGAAGAAUCCGUCUUCAAAUUAAACAUGAUGAUGGAACUCCAAUUAAUCCUGAUUUCUCAAAGAGAAUUCAAAUUUUGAAAUAUGUAGCAACAACCAUUCCUCAAUUAAAAACCCGUAUAGCCAAUCCAAAAGGUGAACAGCCACAAGCAUCUUCAAGUACACAACCACAACAUCAAGCAGGCAGCAAAAAGGGCAAAGGCAAAAAGGGAAGAUAA